AUGAGCCCUAAAGACGCUCACAAAACAGCCUUCACAACGCCAUACGGACACUACCAGUUCAAGAGGAUGCCAUUCGGGCUGAAGAAUGCGCCCGCUACUUUUCAAAGAUUAAUGGAUAACGUAUUAUCAGCUCUCCAGGGAAACGAGCUCUUCGUAUACAUGGAUGAUAUUGUAUUAUACGCAAAAUCACUAAGAGAACACGAAAUAAAAUUCCAACGACUAGUACAAAGAUUACGUUCAGCGAACUUAAAGCUACAACCGAAUAAGUGUAAAUUCCUGUGUAAAGAAGUCUGUUACUUGGGACACAUUAUUGGAUCACAUGGCGUCAAACCAGACCCCGAGAAAAUUAAGGCUGUAAGUGAUUUUCCCGUUCCCCGGAGCCCUAAGAACAUUAAACAAUUUUUAGGCCUCGCUGGAUACUACCGAAGAUUCAUUCCAAACUUCUCCAAGACAGCUAAACCACUCACUGAUUUACUGAAGAAAGAUAAAGAAUUUCAUUGGUCUACAAGUCAAGAAAGUGCUUUUAUUACUUUAAAAACCGCCCUAUGCUCCAAUCCUAUACUACAAUAUCCCGACUUCACGAAACCUUUUAUUCUUACGACCGAUGCAUCUGGAUAUGCUAUCGGCGGCAUUCUAAGUCAAGGCCCCAUCGGGAAAGAUUUACCAAUCGCCUAUACUUCACGCGUUUUAAACAAGGCGGAACAAAAUUACUCGACCAUUGAAAAGGAGUGCUUAGCCAUUAUAUAUUGCGUGGGUCACUUCCGACCUUACCUCUAUGGUAAACCAUUCACUAUUGUUACUGAUCACAAGCCGUUGGUAUGGUUGCACUCGGUUAAAGAUCCUUCAUCGCGUUUAUGGAAAUGGAGAACUAAAUUACUGGAAUAUGAAUAUGAGAUAAAAUAUAAAAAAGGCACUUUAAAUAAUAACGCUGACGCCUUAUCUAGAAAUCCCCCAGUAAAUUUUAUUUUCCCCAUUGAUUCCGGUGAUGAUUCUGAUGAAUCUUUAUUUUCUCCUAGAUCACGGAUCACUACCCCGCUACCUCCCUUACCCGCACCCAACUCUCCAGGUCCUUCGAACUUGUCAAUAACGAAUCCUGCAAAUCAAAGGAAUAUGCCAUUAAAUUCACCUCAUGAUGAUUAUAUAGAAAUGUCUAACCCUGCGUCAGAACUAACAAUUGAAGAAAUUCCUAUGUCAAGUGAUGACGAAUUAAGCUCCGAUUCUGACCACGAUUACGAGGAAAUGUUCACUCAUAUGACCACGCCAUACGAAAAUCGCCCCAUUGAAUAUAAUGUAAAUCAAGCUCCUAACAUUAUCGAAGUUCGUAAUAAUUUCUUGGAACAAAAGGGAGUUCACGCUAUAUUUGUCCAAUUAAACGGUAUGCCUUUUGACCAAGGAGCUCAAUUAUAUUUUAAUGCUAAUCUAUUGCCAAAGUAUGAACAUCUUACAUAUGAACGAGCUACUAUACGUACCAUUAGAGCUAAUACUUUAAUUUCUCUACCCAUAAAAUUAAAUUCUUAUACGUUAAUCGAGCCAACCAACCUGAAAAAUUGUUUACUGUCUCUUUUAGACGUAAUAACGGAACUAGAAUUAACAAACAUAUAUAUGUCUAAAAGUAUUUCAUUCGACGACCUACCGUGGUCAUAUGUCAUUAAACAAUUAAAGAAAAUUUUAACAGGAACCAAUUGUCGAAUAAUUAUUUGCCAAAAUUUGGUAAGAAAUCCUACUGCACCAGAACGCGAACAAUUAAUAUUAGAAAACCACGCGUCAGCAGUAGGAGGACAUAAAGGUGUCACUAAAACCUAUAAUAGGAUUAGGCCUCAUUAUUUUUGGACUAAUAUGAAAAAAGAUAUACAGGACUUUAUCCAGAAAUGUAAAGAUUGUCAACUGAAAAAAUUAACAAGAGUAAAAACUAGACAGCUCAUGGUUAUUACAGACACCCCAGGCGCAGCUUUCGACAAAAUUUCAUUAGAUAUCAUGGGACCUCUACCUAUAACGAACGAUAACAACCAAUAUAUAUUAACCAUACAAGAUCUAUUGACUAAAUACUCUGUCGCUGUUCCCUUAGUCGAGACCACUUCGCUUUCCAUAGCUGACGCAUUUUUUAAAAAUUUUAUUUGUAUCUACGGUGCUCCUAAAGCCAUGUUAACGGAUCAGGGAACAAAUUUCUUAUCUUCUCUAAUGAGAGCUUUAGCAAAAAAAUUUAAAAUACAACAGUUUAAAACUACAGCCUACCAUCCACAAUCCAACGGGUCUAUUGAACGAUCGCAUCACGUUCUCACAGAAUAUCUGAAAACACAGAUAGAUAAUGAAAGAAAUUGGGAUAAAUAUUUAAGUCUCGCUAUGUUCUCAUGUAAUACGAGUGUGCAUGAGGGUACAAAAUUUUCACCGUACGAAUUAGUAUUCGGAAGACUUGCUCGAUUGCCCUCUUCGCACGAACCUAUCGAAGAAAACCUCGAACCAACGUAUCGUGAAUACUUAACGGAUUUAUUUACCAAAUUAUCUGAAUUACAGAACCAGGCGCGAGUAAACUUAUUGAAAGCAAAAGAAACAAGCAAGAAAUAUUAUGAUAGACGAAUUAACGUGCAUAACUUUAAAAUUGGAGACUACGUAUUCUUGUUGAACGAACCUAAGAAGGGAAAAUUCUCGAAUCAAUAUACCGGACCCUAUAAAAUAACGGAAAUCUUGCCUACGAAUAAU